AUGUUCGGCAGCACUUCUCCCUUUGGGGCCUCAACAGCAGGCCAGAGCCUCUUCGGCUCUCAGCAGCAGCAGCAGCCGCAGCAGCAGCAACCUGCUGCUGGGGGCCUAUUUGGUGCUGCAGCACAGACACAGCCAGCUGGCAACGCCCUAGGAACAGGUCUGUUUGGGCAGCAGCAGCCGAGCGGUGGGGGCCUCUUCGGCAGCUCCGUGGGUACUGGGGGGGGCCUCUUCGGGCAGCAGCAGCAGCAGCAGCAGCCGCAGCAGCAGCAGACAACGGGGGGUUUCUUUGGGGGAGCAGCAAACAAUACUGCUGCAGCAGCAACUGGGGGCGGGCUGUUCGGGGGCACUGCUACGGCCUUUGGGCAGCAGCAGCAGCAGCAGCCGCAGCAGCAGCAAGGGGGGCUGUUUGGGGGCGCCACAGGGUUCGGGCAGCAGCAGCAGCCAGCAGCAGCAGCAGGAGGUCUCUUUGGCAGCAGCAACAACAAAUUUGGACAGCCGCAGCAGCAGCAGACCACUGGUCUAUUCGGCAGCACAGCAACAACACCAGCAGCAGGAGGGGGACUCUUUGGUGCUGCUUCAUCUACCUUUGGGCAGCCGCAGCAGCAGCAGCAGCAGCCGCAGCAGACCACUGGUCUCUUCGGCAGCAACACCACAACCGGGACUACAGGGCUCUUUGGUCAGCCGCAGCAGCAGCAGCAGACCACUGGUCUCUUCGGCAGCAGCACCAGCAACACAGCAACCGGUGGAGGCCUCUUUGGUGUUUCCAGCAGCACAAAUGCACCAGCAGCAGCAGCAGCAGCAGCAGUUGCUGCAGCAGCAGCAGCAGCCCUUUCGCCCCUUCAGCGUCGAGGAUGGGGCUGUUAUGUCUAUAUGUCAUGGGCCCCUAGAGAAGGUUGCUCUGGAGGAGAUACGGUGGAACUACUACCAGCAGCACCAACUGGAGGGGGCCUCUUCGGCAGCAGCAGCAGCAGCAACCUUGCUGCAGCAAACACCGGGGGCGGGCUCUUCGGCAAGCCAGCAGCAGCAGGUACCUUUGGUGCAGCAAGUACUGGGGGGGGCCUCUUCGGGGCCUCUCAGAGCAGCAGCAGCGGCGGGGGCCUCCUAGGCAGCAGCAGCAACACUGCUGCUGCUGGGGGCGGUCUCUUUGGUCAGCAGCAGCAGCAGCAGCAGCAGCAGCAGCAGCAAGGUGGAGGCCUCUUUGGGGGCUUUGGUGCUGCAGCCACAGGCACAACGAAUACAGGACUUGGUGGUGCAGGCGGGGGCUUGUUCGGCAGCAGCAGCAACACGCAGCAGCAGCAGCAGCAGCAGCAAACGGGGGGAGGUAUUCUUGGUGGAGGUCUGUUUGGGGCGAAGCCAGCAGCAGGAGCAGCAGGAACAGGAGCUGCUGCUGGCACGGGUGGUUCUCUGGGUUUGUUCGGCAGCAGCAGCAACAGCAGCAGCAGCAGCAGCGGGAUAGGGGGGUCAGGGGGGGGCCUCUUCGGCUCCCUGCGUCCAGCAGGUGCAGCAGGAGGGGGGGCCCUGGGUACUGCUGCAGCAGGAGGCAGCAUCUUCGGUGGUGCUGCUGCUGCUGCUGACACAAGCAAUGCUGCUGCUGCUGGUUCUUCUCUCUUUGGGGCCCUCAGCAAGCCUGCAGGUGCUGCAGCAGGAGGGGGCCUCUUUGGGGGCCUCGGCUCCAGCAGCAGCACGGGGGGGGGCCUCUUCGGCAGCAGCAGCAGCAGCAACACACAGCAGCAGCAGCAGCAACCAGGGGGACUCUUCGGCCUCGGUGGUUUGGGGGGAACAAACCCGCAGCAGCAGCAGCAACAGCAGCAGCAGCAGCUGCUGCUUUCGCUAGCAGGCAGCUCGGGGGCCUCCACAAGCGGCAGCUUGCUGGCCUUGGGGGGCCUCCUGGGGGCCCCCCAAGUAACAGUACAAAUAACUUUAUCUGCAUCAGGGGGGGGGGGCCCCCAGCUGUCUCACCAGCCUGUCAGCAGCAUAGGAGACAGCUGCUGCUGGAGGGGGCCCCCCCUGCCUCUCCCCCAGCUAGGGAGGAGACGCAAGAAGUACGGUGCUGCUGCUGCGGGGGCCCUCCCUCUGCCGCUGACAGCAGCAGCAGCAGCAUCAGGGCUUAACGCCUCCUUUGCAUUGCCGCAGCAGCUGCUGCUGCAGCAGCAGCAGGUGCUGCCGGUGCUCAACACAACAUCUACAGACAGCAGCAGCAUCAGCAGCAGCAGCAGCAGACGGAACUGCUGGCUCGCACAAACCAUCCAUAGAUCUCUUGCUGCAGCACAGCAGCAGCAGCAGCAGCAGCGGCAGCAGCUGCUGCCCCUCUCUGGCCGUGACUAUGAGCUGCUGCAGCGGAUCCAGUUUGUCGAUGAUGAGCCAGAAGCAGCAGCAGCAGCAGCAGCAGCAGCAGCAAAGGAAGAAGAACAGACGCCUCGUCAGCAGCAGCAACAGACGGAGGGCAAGAAGCUCGCUGAGCAGCAGCAGCAGCAAAAGGACUCGGAGCAGCAGCAGCAGCAACUACAGCUGCAGCUGCAGCAGGGUCAGAAGCAGCGGGAAGGAGGGGAGAUCGCAGCAACUACAGCUGCAGCUGCAGCAGGUCCCUCUGUCUCCUCUCUGCAGCAGAUGACGGAGACAGAGCUCAGCAGGGUGCAGGAUUUCUCUAUCACCAGGCCAGGCCUAGGCAGCAUUGUCUUCCCCGGCUACACAGACAUGCGCGGCAUCAACCUAGAUGCUGUUGUCUUCAUAGGAGAACUCGAGGUCAGUGUGUACGCGCAGGAUGCUCCUCCUGUGGGUGAGGGUUUGAAUAAGCGGGCCCGCAUAACUCUGUGCAACUGCAGGCCGAAGGGUGUUCCCUCUGCUGACACAGACGCAUGCAGCAGCAGCAGCAGCAGCAGCAGCAGCAGCAGCAGCAGCAGCAUGCAGCAGCAGCAGCAGUUUGUCGAGAAAAAACCAAAGACGAGAAGCAAAAACAGCAGCAGCAGCAGCAGCAGCAAGCUACCGAAUGCUGCUGCUGCUGCUGGUGCAGCUCCAGCUGCAGCAGCAGCAGCAGGUGGCGGUGCUGCUGCUGGAGGGGCGGGAGGGGCUGAACAGGCUGAUGCAGCAGAAGCAGCAGCUGUUGCUGCGUUUGCUGCUGCUGCUCCUGUGGGGGCCCUACCCCCCAAGGAACUGUCGCUGCAUAUACAGAGAAGCCAGAUACUGCGCUCCGCCCCGCAGGCCCUCUUAGCGGCUGUUGCACACCAGCAGCAGCAGCAGCAGCAGCAGCAGCAGCAGUUAGGAGCUGCAGCAGAAACCAAAGACGAGAAGCAAAAACAGCAGCAGCAGCAGCAGCAGCAAGCUACCGAAGCAGAAAAAGAAACCAAAGACGAGAAGCAAAAACAGCAGCAGCAGCAGCAGCAGCAAGCUACCAGAAACCAAAGACGAGAAGCAAAAACAGCAGCAGCAGCAGCAGCAGCAAGCUACCGAAGCAGAAAAGCCCUUGCUGCUCGACACACCCAUGAAGGAGCCGCAGCAGCAGCAGCGUGCUGCGGAUGA